UCAAAAUGGCUGCCCUUCGGCUUUUCACGCGUUCGAAACUAUCGGCGAUUAUUUUUCAGUCUAUCGGCAAGAAUGAAUCGUUGAGGUGUGCUUUACCGAUCGUCGCUCAGGUAUACAAGAGAUGGGGGAGUUAUAAAUCUUCACCCAUGUAUGAAGAAGAUCCUUCAAAAUACACAAAUUAUGAGGUAACAAGAGAUCCAAAAGAAUGGAAAUAUGUUGAACGUUUGCUUAAAUCAAAAGUCAUACCUGAAAUUUCACUAGAAAACAAAGAAUACCCAUCUGGAUGGAAACCACCUAUUGCUAAACCAAAAGAUCAUCCAUAUUAUGUACAGCGUACAAGAAACUAUAUGCAACCUGUUUAUCUUCAUAUUUUCCACCGUGGAAUGCGAAGAACAACUGUUAUUCGUAAAAUUCAUGGAGACAUCUGGGCACUAGAAUCUGAUUUGAAAAAAUAUAUAGAAAAAUGCGAGAAAAAACCAAUUGGUGUUCGUGUGAAUGAACUUAUAGGUGAAAUAAAAUUUAGGGGAGACUAUGUAAAUCUUAUUAAGAAGUGGCUAAAUGAGAAAGGAUUUUAAAAUACUGUAAUAUUUUAUAA